AUGCCGCCAAUGCAGGCCAACGGGUACUUCCCGAACAACUACUUUGCGCAAUACAUCAACACCGACCAUGGCAUGAAUCCAGUACCGAGCGCGUCCACGUCUAACUCCGUCCCCGCAACGCCAGGCUCGAUUGCCGGCCGUAAGCGGUCCAGAGGCAACAUAUUCGAUGAGGACGAGGACGGACCGCUCGAGGAUGGCUCAAUAGUAACUCCAAUCAACGGUGAGAUGCCUCAACCGCGUGGCAAACCGGUGUACGGACCUGGCAUGACUCUCAUGUAUCCAGAUGAGCCAGGCUACCAACAAGCAGCGGAGUCGCAAUCUGGUACGUGGGUCGAAGAGCGCGCGGAGCGCAAGCAAUUUCAGUUCUCGCACAACAAGCGACCAUCAAUAUCAAGUCGCAAAUCGCAGCGCAAAAGCAUGAUCGCCAGCGGUCCAGACGACUUAGCGCAGCUUGUCCUGCCACCGCAAAUCCGGGAGGCGACGACCGAGCCACUGAUCGACGAAGCCACGCGUACUCUGGGUAUCAGCUGGAAGCGCAUGGAUGCCAACGAAGCGUCGCAGAUUGUCCAAGCAGCCUAUUCCAAAUGGAUCCAGAACCACUACCCAAGCUUACAGGAUGUUGUCGUUUGGUUCGAAAACAGCGCGUUGCCUGGCUAUCUGGUCGAAGCUCGGAAUGUGUACAGCGGGCAGCAGGUCUACUAUAUCUUCUCGCAUGAUCUCCACGAAGCGAGACUUGUGACAACUGAACCCGCGCAGCUGGUUCCCCGCCUGAAACUCCUGCCUGCGCUACAUCUUGCGGCUCCAGGUGGCCAUCUUUCUGCGGAGUUAGAUCCAGUGCUGGCGGGCCUGGGUGAGACGAACGGUGAGCAAGAAAGUGCAGCACUGAAAACGGAUGCGGGCUGCUCUGCGCAUGCUAUGGAGCUCGACUAGCGUUAGUUAUUUCGACGAACACAAGGUUAUGGCGCAGCUAAGGGGUAUCCACCAUACUUGUCACGGCGCAGUCAUGGGCCUUUUCUGUUCACGGCAUCGGCGCUGGGUAGUUGGGCGAUGCGGCUUGCACUCGAUGUGCGCCUCGGUAUUAUCAUGACCGAAUCAGUGACUGUUUCCGAGUUCAAUGAAGAUGCUGGUCUUUUUGGGUUUGAGGCCUUACAAUGCAGCAAAGGGGAGAGAUGCAAAAGCGUAAGAAGUUCAUGUGAUACUUAGCCGGUUUUCAUUACUCACAAUUGCCGUUAUCC